AUGUGCCACUUCGCACCAGACGCCCCGAUACUUCACACUUGUGCUACGUUGACAAACAGCAGUGCCAUCAAGGUGAUCCUUGCGAACCGGGUCGAUGUCGGUGCAAAAGACGGCUACGGGGCCACUGCAGUCCUUUGGGCCGCCUUGUCCAACAACGUGGAGGGAAUCAAAUUUCUGGUGGCCGCCAGUUGUGAUCCGACAGAGAGGAACAUGAUCGGCUAUACACCUUACAUCAUGGCCAGUGCUGCAGGAUAUCGGGAAGCCAUGAGGGAGCUGCUGCAAGGCGCUUCCCGGCAAGACAUGGAUGUAGCAAUGGCGAGGGUGGCGCGGCAGGGGUUGUGUCAAGCCUAA